GAUUUUGGCAAGCAAUUGUUACAUUAUCUUGCACCAUAACAACACUAAAUAAGGCCUGCAAGUAGUUUCCUCCAAUACUGUUGACAAUGAAUGUUGGAAAUGAACAGUCAACUGGAGCACGAUUUUGUUGAUGGCUUCGGUUUCACGAGUAACAGUAAAAUUCCAGAGGAAGAUACUAAUACUGGAUUACAGAUACUCGAUAAACAGAUUGAGAUAGCAAAAGCAUUAGAAUGUGUACCCGAGGAAUUACCCCAGUGUGAAAUUUGCGCCCAGAAAUUUUUAAGCAAGAAAGAAUUACGAUCUCAUAUCACUAUCCACCUUGGACAACCGAGAAUCAUCCUGAAGAGGUGUAAUAGUCAGCACAAAAAUAGGAAGAAGGAGAAGGAUAUCUAUUCGCUGAAUCAGGAUAAGAAGGGAUCACUCAAAUUGACCCUGAAGAAGCAGAAGCACAGUGAUUUCACGGUUAUAAAUAGGGAUUUAGAUUUUGAGGCAGAGAUAACAGAGUCGGAGGUGGCUGACGCGGAGAGGAAUGACCAGACGACUGAAGAAGAGAUUGAAGAGGAAUCAACCAGUGACCGGGAUGAAAAUGUGAUGUUGAGGGAUAGACAUGAAGAUAACGAUGAUGAUAAGUCAUCGGAUAACAAUGACAGGCCAUCUGCUGAGGUUAAUGAAGGCGACUCUGGAGUAGGUAGCGAUAUGGCUAAUCCAUCUGAGAAGGAUGAUCAGAAUGUUGAUGAUCUAGCUGGAGAGCAGGAAGAGACUGACGAGCAGGAAAAAAUUGAAGAGAGUGAGGAUCCUGAAGAAUCUGAUGCUUUGGAAGCCACGUGCAGGGAGACCAUCGAAAAUUUAAAAAAGUUGGGCGAACAGUCGAGUUCCAGGUCCGUGAGGGACGAGAUGUCACCAAGAGAUCCGAAUCUUGAACCCUCCAACUCUCCAGUGCUUGCAGACGACUCAUCGCAAAACGAAACCCCCGAGACAAGUCAAGAGAAGGAUGCAUCGAAUUUCACUUGGAUAUCCGACAAAGAUGAUGAAGACUUGACUAAGAAUUCGGAACAAUCGCUCGAUCUGCCAGAUCCUUCAGCUCCAGACAGUGCAACCUCCCUCCUUCAGAAUUUCCUCCUUGAACACCAUCGAAAAAAUCAAGGCACCAACGAGGUGAUAACCCUACCAGUGGAGACUGAAUACGUUUCAUUGGAGAGAUUAGCUGAAACGGUGAACACGUGUAGAAUAUGUAACGAGAAAUUUCGAGAUAUCACGCUGCUGGAUGAACACAGAGCGAAAGCAGGUCAUUAUCAGUGCAAUAUUCCCGAUUGUGUGAGUUCAGUAUUCAAGACACGAUCGGAUUUAACAACUCACAAGGUGCAGGCCCACGGGGCUCCCUUAUCCCCGAGUAUAAGUCUAACUCACAUCACAAGAUCCUCCCCCCAAUUGAGUGAGGGAUCGCCUCGGAUGAGUCAAAACUCUCCGCAUUUGAGUAACCACUCACCCCACGGGCUCAGCAUAGAGCCAUCAACACAAAUCACGAGAACAUCUCCACACACCCAUUCACCAACAUUUGGAGCUGGGGGAACCACCCAAAUGAUUCCCCCAGUGAAUUUCGAUCAAUUACCUGCACCCGUUCAACAAUUGGCGCAGCAAGUUCAGCGUAUGCCCCUUCCCCAGGCUCAGAUGCCCUCUAUGCCCCCAAACGUCAAUACGAUGAUCCCAGGACCGAAUUACUACAUGCAACCGCCUGGGAGACCACCUCCACCACCCAUGUACAGAACAUCUGGAGGCCAAGGAAUGCAGUACUCCCCUCACGUUGCUGCUUACCUCCAAUCUCAGUAUGGGCCCUAUCAGUCCUAUCAGAGUCCCCCAAUGCAUCCACAGAUGCCACAACAAGUGCCACGAGUGAGGUAUUCCCCGAUGAUGCCUGUACCGAGAGGUCCCAGAUUAGCUCAGAUUCCAGCUCCACCCAGGGUCAGGAUCAAGAGACCUGGACCACCUCCACCACCUCAAACGCUUCCUCAGCAGAGGGGCGAACCUCUCAACAAACAGCGGAGGUUGGAUGUUCUACUUCCCGAUAGGAAUGAGGAUGCUGAUUGUCAUGUUAUUGUUCAGCAGAAAAGAAACGAUGGUUUGCCAGUUAUUCAGAAUGUUCAGGGGGCCAGCCAACCCACUCCGAGGAAUGAUUCUACAAUUCAUUUGACGGACUCUAUUACUCUGAGUGUCCGCCAACCUGGUUCAACUCCAGCUCAACCAUCGAAUUCACCAAUAAUCACUGCGAAAAAACCCGACGCCAAGGCAGUUGCCAAUGUCUUAGCGGCUCGUGGUAUCACGGUGACACCGGCAGCGAACAAAAACAAGGCAAACGAUCAGCAAAAAUUGGCGCAACAACAACAACAACAACCUCAUCAUUCCCCGACUCGGGCUGUAGCUCCACCAGCUCCUGUCAAUGUUCUCAACCUAAAUUCUGCCAUUUCGAUAAUUCCCACGGCGAGAAAACAAACACAACAACCACAGCAAGAGCAAAGCGGACAGUUUGCUGUACCUCAGAAUAAACAAACGAAACCUACGAAUCAAGAAGUUGAGCGACCACCUAGACCUCCGACUGUCGAUCUCACGCAGGAUACACCGGCGUCAGAGGCUGCUAGAGUCAUUCGAAGGGGGAGACCUCCCAGAUCUAGUUUAACGUGUCAAAUUUGUGAUAAGACUUUCGCAAGCCAAGAAAUAUUGAUGCAACAUAUGUCAUCUCAUCGAGGAACGAAUAAAUUACUGCACAAAUGUAAUCUGUGCACAGCGCAAUAUCCAAAUGCCCAGGCCCUAACAGUUCACAAACAAACGUACCACAAAGAGAUGGAGCUACAGCCAUCAAAUGGUGGAACGGAAUUGGCUAUUCCCGUUGUAGAUUUAAAAUCCCCACAAGCAUUGAAUAGAUUACAGAGUUUAGGUAUUCAUAGUUACAUCCCAUUAUCGCAAUUGAGUGCUCAAACCGGUGGUUAUUUUGGUCUACCGAUUAUAACAAUUGACGGACCAAGGAAUCCGAAUUCCUGUAACCUAGGUGCACUGGGUGCUACUUCGAUAUUAAGUCUGGGUCCCCUGAAACACCUGUCGAACAGGUAACUACAAUUAUUGAUGAGAAACAUUCAUCAAUGAUAUUUCGUUUUACUAGCUUUUUUUGGCAUUGCCAUGACUGUGUUAUUAAAUCAAUCGUUUAUCAGAGAAGAUUUUAAAUGCCAAACCCGUAAAAAAAAAA